AUGCAGACUGCUUCUACAAACAUUUGUGAAAGAAUGGGUUGCUUUCAGGAGCUCAGUGAAUUCAAGCGUGGUACCAUGAUAGUCCAUCUGUGAAAUUAGUUAGUGGUAUUAUAACAAAGUGGAAGCAACUGGGAACAACGGCAACUUAGCUAUGAAGUGGUAGGCUAUGUAAAAUGACAGAGCAGGGUCAGCGCAUGCUGAAGCGCACAGUGCACAGACGUCGCCAACUGUCUGCAGAGUCAAUAGCUAAAGACAUCCAAACUUCGUGUGGCCUUCAAAUUAGCACAACAGUGCGUAGAGAGCUUCAUGGAAUGGGUUUCCAUGGCUGAGCAGCUGUAUCCAAG